AUGGAUGUCACGUUGGCCGAUGGCAGCAGAGUUAAACAAGAGAAAUGGGGACGACUAACAAUUAAGCUUAGAGCGCAAAUGUACCAUAAAUUAGUGGGAAUAAUUCUUUCCGAUGCAAAACAAGUAAUCUUAGGAAUCCCAUACUUAUUGGACCACAAAGCGAAACUACAUUUAGAAGAGGGAUGGAUUCAGUUGGACGGAGAAUGGUUUCAACUCUGCAGGACGAAUAAGCCAUUAAAGGUAUUUCAAUCUUCAGUUUCUUGCGACCAACAUCAAGAUGCGAAAGAAAGAUUAGCGAGCCAACUGCAAAGCAUAGAUCAGAUAAACGUGAGGGAGCAAUUGAGAUCUAUACUCCUACGAUUUGUCGAUGUUUGGAAAGAUGAUGCUAUUGGUCGAACUACUGUAAUUCGUCAUGCUAUUCAUGUGACAACGAACCGACCAAUAGCUUGCAGAUGCAGGAAGUACUCCGAGGAACAGAAAAAAAUUAUCGAAACAGAAGUGAAAUCGAUGAUCGAGAAAAAUGUCAUUCGACCCAGUGAAAGUCCCUACGCGUCUGGUGUAGUUUUAGUUAAGAAAAAGACUGGAGAAUGGCGGUUUUGCAUUGACUAUCGGCCUCUAAACCAAGUUACUCUGAAAGAUGAAUUUCCACUCCCAAGAAUAGACGACCUUCUAAGAACUAUUCGAGGAUCUAAAUGGUUUAUUGCUCUAGACAUGCGAGCUGGCUACUGGCAGGUCGCCAUGGAAACUAAAGAUAUACCAAAAACCGCCUUUAAGACACCCAAUGGUCUGUUCGAAUUUACAGUUAUGCCCUUUGGAUUGAUUAACGCGCCCGCCACUUUCCAAAGAAUGGUGGAACGGCUGUUUGGAGACCUCUGCUGGGAUGGAGUCCUAGUUUAUUUAGAUGACAUAUUCAUUCACGCACCCGAGCUUAAUCGAGCAUUACAACUAUUAGAGAUCGUCUUAACAAGACUCCAGCAGGCUGGUCUACGCCUAAGACUUUCCAAAUGUUGUUUUCUACCAAAACAGAUAGAAUAUUUAGGUCAUGUAAUCCAAGAAGGGAUACUAGCCCCACAGCCGAAGAAGAUUGAGGCUCUUAAAAUUUUGGGAUCCCCUGUAGACAAAACCACCCUUCGACAAGCUCUCGGAAUGUUCGGUUAUUAUCGGAACUUUAUCGCUAAUUACGCCCAAUUAACCAUUCCUCUGACAAGAUUAAUGAAGAGAGACCGAGAGUUCAGUUGGGGAACAGAAGAAGAGAAGGCAUUCACACAAUUGAAAGACCGAUUAGGAAGCGCCAUUUUAUCGAAUGAAUGGCAAGAAGGACCCUUGACUGUGGAGACUGACGCAAGUGAUUAUGCCGUAGCUGGAGUCCUGUCAUUUAAUCGAGAGGGUAUCGUCGUACCAAUCGAGUUUAUGUCUAAAACAUUGACAGAAGUAGAGCAACGAUGGCCCACAAGAGAAAAGGAAGCAUACGCUAUAGUUGUAUCCUUAAGAAAGUUUGAUACGUUUCUACGUGGAAGAAGGGCUGUAGUCUUCACUGAUCAUAAAAGCUUGCAGUGGAUGUUUAAUGCAAAGAAAGGAAAGAUCGCCCGCUGGGCUGCGACACUUCAAGAGUACGAUCUAAAGAUAAAACAUAAGAGCGGACGUGAAAUACUUCAUGUGGACGCAUUGAGUCGAUUGCACCACGAUGAAUCAUUAAUAGAAGACCGAAUGGUGUUUAGUGUCGAAUUAGACCGUACCGAUUCCCCGUUACCUACGUUGCAGAUGAUAAAAUCGGUUCAAGGAACUCUAUCCGAGUCAGAGCGCAUACGAUAUGGAUUGACCAUUAAACGUGGACUGCUAUUCAGACAAAAUCAAAUUUAUGUUCCAACCGAGCAAGCAACAGACAUUAUCAAAUAUUUCCAUGAGAAUGGAAUUGGCUCCCAUUGUGGGGUAAUUAGAACUUACAAACGAUGUCGACAAUUAUUCUGGUGGCCCAAUCAGUUACCGUCAGUUCGAGAAUAUUUAAGUUCGUGUUUGGUCUGUCAGCGGCGUAGAAGUGGCAAAGAGCGAUUUCAAGGAUUGUCUCGACAUCUUCCCCUCGGAAAGGUGUUUGAAUCGGUUCAUAUUGAUUUCUGGGAGCCUACUAUAGGAGACCUAAAGAUAAUGACUAUGAUCGACAGAACUUCACGAUGGGUUGAAGCAACAUACGUUAAAGACAAAACAGCAGAGACAGUGGUAUCUACUUUUAUCAGAAUGUGGGUGUCUCGAUACGGUGUUCCUCGUCAGAUCAUAUCAGACAACGAUAAAGCCUUCCAAGGUCUAAUGAUGCAGGAGCUAGCUAAAUUAAUUGGUAGUGAUCUUGUGGCAAUCACUCCUUAUCACCCAGAAGGAAAUAGCCCAGUCGAAUCGUUUCACAGGCACCUAAGGAAACAUCAUCAACGUAUACUACAAAAUGAGAUGUUAGACCCAGAAGAAGGCCUUGCUCUAACACUAUUCUUGUAUCGAACGAGCUAUCAUACGUCGUUAGAAGAUACACCCGGACACUGGCUUUUCGGUGUACCUGUGGCUACCCCACGAGAGAGAGAAAUAUACGAUUUAAUCUAUGAUUCAAAUGCCGAGAGGACGGAGUGGUUCAAUAGUGGACGAGAUAAUGAUAUAACCUGCAUGGAGGAUCAAGCAAUACGUCAUGCAGCAUCGCAGAAUAAAAAAAGGAGUCAUAAACAAAUUGAGGAAGGCGAUUUGGUUAUCACAAAAGAUUUUAGACAAAUCAGCCCCAAGAUUUGGAGUCUUCCACAACGAGUAGUCUCCGUAAGUGAUCUAGGUUACAGCGCUCGAGUUAAAGAUUUCAAAUCUGGCAAGGUACAGACGAGACAUCUUACUCAUUUAAGGAAGAUCAACAGUCCUUCUACCCCCGAACAACUGGACUUCUGGUUACAAGAAUUUGAGAACGCAAAUCUUCCUUUAUCACGCGAAGACCUUCUCGAACAGGUGGGCCUUCCUUUGAGUAAAACAAGAACCUCGCCUACUCGAAAUGAUUCGGAUCACUGUUCUGAUGACACCGGGAGUAAUGGCACAAUUGUGCUAAUCGGCGAUACAUCCACGAGCGAGGGCAGUCCCGCUAGUCCAAGAGUAACAUCCACGCUUAAAGGUCUCGAAUCGUAUCGACACCCAUCAGAGAUCAGGCGGUUGCGUAAGGCUUUUCGUGAUGAGCCAGUGGAAUGGAUCGAUGGAUAG